AUGGCGACCGAGGCGCCUACCGCAAUUGCAGUGCCUGCCACAGUGAGGGUGCCCAUCGUGAAAGAUGUCUACCCGCGCGGUGAUAUUUACCUGAUCCGCGUCUCUUCCGCGGUUCUCAACCUGAGCUCCAAGGUCUUCCAAGCCAUGCUCAGCCCUAGAUUCAAGGAGGGUACCGAUCUGCUCCAGGCCACCUCCGCAAGCCCACUGGAGAUUGAACUGGGAGACGAUGAUCCACAGGCAAUGGAAGUCAUCUGCGACAUCAUUCAUCUCCGGAACUCCAGCUUUGCUGCCACAAAUAUACUGUCGCCAACGUGGGUGCUGCGAAUUGCUCUCAUUGCGGACAAAUACGACUUCAUCAGAGCACUGAAGCUAGUUUCAGGAAUGUGGCUGAACAACAACUCGCUAGCAAAGCUGAACUCUCCACCAGCCAGCGGCUGGUAUCCCGGUGCCGUGGGGGGCCAUCUCAUGCUUGCUGCCUCUUAUCUGUUUCGUAACGCCAAGGGCUUCAAGGAGUUUGGCAGGAGACUAUUACUCGACUGCGCCUUCGAAAUCACCGCGCCCAUUUCACAGCCUCAUCUGGAGCCUAUUCGUGAUGUUCUGGUUGUCUUGGAGCAGGAAAGACUCAAGUUUCAAUCACAGCUCGCCGACCUUGUGGAGUCAGAGAUCCAGAGAUGCUUGCUCCUCCGCAGAGUGCCGGGAGUAGCAGUCUGCACCCCGAGUUGUAACUACGCGGGAGAGUUCACAAUGACGCUGAUGGAGAAUCUCGUGUUCUUGGGAGUGUGGCCAACCUCUCGUAUCCGUGCCCACUCCCUCCAGCACAGCCUGAACGGGUUCAAGGCCGUGAAGGCCAGUAAUCCGACAAAUACCACCAAAUCCUGCAGCACUACCAAGUGCCAGCUCGCUAGCUCUUUGUGCAGCAACUUCGGACACCCGCCCUCCAUCAAGGAAUUCCAAGAUAUCAGUAGGAGGAUCAUUGAUGAGAUCAAAGGACCAUGUCUGGAAUGCUUCGUCAGUGAGGGAAAGGUCGAGCUUGCGCAAURCAAGCACCCAUAUCCUUCUUGA